AGUGGAUGUGUAAACUGAUGUCACGUGAUAGCACAAUGAAUUGUGAAGAUAGGAGGUUGAUAGGCGGGUUACCGCAACGACAUGCCACUAGGGAUACGUGUGUCCUAUUAGUAGCCUUGCGUGACCUGACCGCUUCUUGAUUCUUUUUGUUUCUAGGUGGUAUCAGGUGGGUUUGUUCUCUUUCUCAUCUACACUUCAGAGAUAGUGCGAAGAAUCUAACGCAUUAUGUCUGAUAGAAAUGCACCGAAGUGGGAUUCUUCCAAAUUGCUCCCAAAUAUGGCAGCAUCCGUUCAAACAGGAUCGAUCUGGACUAUCAUCGUCGACUGUGCUCUAACGUGUUUUUACAGGGUCUAUGGCCGGACGUGAACGGAACGAAUUUGUACUACGGAGGCGAAGGCAUAGCAGGAACCGACAUCGUCUUUCUUAACGGCUCGCAGGAUCCAUGGAAACAUGCGUCGAAACUCAUCUCGAGCUGCAAAGAGACUAGCAUUAUGAUAUCAUGUCCAAACUGCGGUCACGGAGUCGAUAUGAGAGGUUGUCCUCAACACCCCGUCCAGACUCUGGGCGACGCGAAUCAGUGCUCAAACGUCACGGCCGUCAGUCGAGCUCGAGAGAAAGUUCUCGACGCGCUCGACUGCUGGUUGCGAAGUUCUUCGUGUUUGUGUUAAUCUAGAGAAUUAACCGAAUGGCGUACGUGUUGUGAUGCGAAACACAGUUGAGGCGUUUGCAUGGAUAUGGUUGAAGUAGACACUCUAUGUCUGCCAAUAAUAAAAGCCGACACGUUACAUUGACUGCUAUGUUAUAGACAUGACUGAAUGCUCUGUCAUUUACAAACUCAGGAAUUUGAGGCCCUUUGCCAUAGUAGCUGUCGGUGUCGUCUAGUAUUCUAGUAUGCAGUCCACUUUAGGAUAGGAUAUGAUGCCUUACUCGGUGGGGAGACCUGGUCUGCUUGUCUUCGUCUGGAUGGGCUAUUCAAACCUUAUUGCUUCCGGCAUCCUUGUCUCAACGUCCGAUUAUGUAGGCUAGCUCCAGCGUUAGCCUGACGAGAAGCCGUAGUCCUGGAGAUCGCACAAAGGCGGAAAUCGGACUAAUUGCGAACCGCUUAGGUAUAGAGAAUGUAUAGAGAACUUCCUGGAUAUCUGCACGCUAGACGGGGAAAUAGUUUCUGUUGUCUGGCGAUUUGCGUUCAUGUAGGUUGCUUGGCGUUUUAUGUCGCGUUUCUACCGCUCUCUUGUGCUAAUACUUUACGAAGAAAACGAUUCGAGCUAGCUCAACUUGGUGAAGAUUGAAUUACCGUAAUGCUGCAUUGCGUAUAUCAAGGCUUCGUUUUUUCUUCGGAUUUCUGUACGAGCCAUCAGCUCGAGAUCGGGUUACUGCGCUGCCAUCGGACUCGGUCGGGAUGUCGACGUGCCGCUCGCAGCAAAACCUAUUGUGGUGUCUCGUGCGCACCCGUUAGCUAAACGAUUCCAAGUACUGGCGACCGUCUACGCGCGAAGUCGGAAGACAAGGCGAACACCGCAAAGUGCAUUAUCGCCUAUGACCAGUCUUUCGGAAGCAGCCGCGUUGCGAAGCUCCGUACGCGGCCUGUUGCACCAAUUAUUGGUAUUUGCUGACCGGGCCCAAGAAGCGUUAUAGGUUGAUUGGCUUAGAUAAUCCAGCAGCUGAUGCGGUGCUAUUGUCGCCGACUUUGUACCAGCGAAUGGGCAGAACGACGAAGGAAGACUUGGCUGUCGAAGCCUUAGAGGCGACGGUGAGACGGUAAUUUGUCUUUCGGGAUUGGUCUGAACCUUUAUAAGCGAGCUGCAGAGUGAUAGCCGUCACAUAUCGCCCGCUGUUCGCAACCCGUGUUCGCGAGCUGCUCGAACAAGAAGACGCGACGAAGUUUGAGACGAGAAUGGAUACGCAACGAAAAUCGUGCGCUCUCUUUCGACCCUACGCGCUGCCGUCGCCGACGAACAAGAAAUCGUUUUAUUUCGACGAGACGCGCAGGCAAGUGGAAGAAAACGAGAGAAACAAAAGAACGGACUGUGAUACUGUGUCAGCGUUCAACCGUCCAAAGCCUGUUUCGGAUGCUGUCGAUUCACUGCUCGCUCUUCAAGGCUCGCCGAGUCCUGCCGAGAGUCGAGAUGCUUCGACUAGUGACAGUGAAGGCGAGAUUUUAGCACCUCGCGUUGAAUCGAUCGACAGAUCGAUCAAUAUCGUCGACGUCAACUCGGUACCGGCCUGGACGUUCGCGUAUCCUCGCGAUUACUUCGGACAAGGAUACGAUACGGGAACUGCGCUGACGUUCAGUCAAGUCUUCAAGCGAGAACCGCUCGUUUCACUCAUUGGACAUUCACCGCACAACAACCGGCAUCUACAGUACACGCCGUCGUUUACGCCUUUCUUGCCUUCGCCACACGCCGUUAACGUUCCUACUUGGCAUUGGCAUCAUCGCGAUUCGACAGCGUGCAACGGCGGCCACUGUUCGACAUGUAGCCGGUCGUUCCACGGUCAUUCGUCUCUGAGCGGUCACAUUCGAGCUCACGGCAUCUCGGGAGACCGUCCGUUUCGCUGUCAAGUCUGCUUCAAGACGUUCUCUCAGGCGGCCAACUUGAACGCGCACAUGAGGACUCACAGCGGAGAACGCCCGUUCAAAUGCCCGCUCUGCGACCGCCGAUUCUCCCAGUCGUCGUCCGUGACGACGCACAUGCGCACGCACACCGGAGAACGACCGUACAAAUGCAAGGUGUGCGAGAAGGCGUUCGCGGACAGCUCGACGUUGACCAAGCACUUUAGGAUACACAGCGGCGAAAAACCGUACAAGUGUAAGAUUUGUGAGCUCAGCUUCUCUCAAUCGGGAAACCUCAACAGGCACAUGAGAACACACGGACAUUUCCGGUGACUUGUAUCUCUGUCGACGUUACUUUGCGAUUUAGCUAAUUUUUUUACGUACAAAGUUUUGACUCAAAACUGCCCAAAGUGCUAGUAUGUUAAUGUAUUUUGAUAGCAAUAUCAAGCCUCCAUAUUUAGCUAUACCGCGAAUAUCAUAUUUCCUUUGCUCGUAGUAACUUUAUCUGAGGUAUUAUUAUUCUGUACGCGAUACGAUGUGAAAUGUCUCAUUGAAUUUACUUUUGUUGAAACGGAAC